AUGGAUGAUUCAGAUGAGGAAUUUUUGACAGGUUCAAAUUCUCCAGCAUCAAGAUUAUCAUCAGCUGUCCCAGAAGCAUUACCUAAAGAUGGAGUAUCAGCAAGAACAAGAUCAAGAGGCAGAAAUGGAGAAAUUAGUGACUUAAAAGGAGCUAAUGGUUAUGCAUGGGAAGACGAAUACCAAAGGUCAUGGGAUAUUGUUAAAGAUGAUGAGUCAGGUAGUGGAUCAUUUGAAGCAAUGGUUCAAACGAUUAUAGAAAAUAGAAAGAAGAAAAUAAUGAAAAAUCCCAGUACACCAUUUCAAAGAGGAAUAAUCAGAACUUUAGUAAUAGCAAUUGAUGGAUCACUAGCGAUGGCGGAGAAAGAUUUACGACCAACAAGAUUAUCAUUGACUUUAAAUCAUUUACAAGAAUUUGUUGUUGAAUUUUUUGAUCAAAAUCCAAUAUCACAAUUAGGUAUAGUGCUAAUGAGAAAUGGGGUAGCAAAUUUAGUAAGUGAGGUCAGUGGUCUGCCUCAAUAUCACAUAGACAAAUUAAGGCAAUUAAAAGCACGACAGCAUAAUAAGUUUGAACCAAAAGGAGAUCCUUCUUUACAAAACACUUUAGAAAUGGCAAGAUCAUUGUUGAAAUUCAAUUUCGGAACAACAUCUAAUAAUACUAAAAAUUCAAAGGAAAUUUUAAUUGUCUUUGGAUCCUUAUUCACGAGUGAUCCUGGAGAUAUCCAUAAAACUAUAGAUAGCCUCGUGAAAGAUAAUAUAAAAGUAAGUGUGAUUGGACUUUCAGCUCAAGUGGCAAUUUGUCAAGAAAUGGUGAACAAAACAAAUAAUGAACCACGAAAUUCAUCAUCAAAACAUUAUGGAGUUAUAAUGAAUGAAUCACAUUUCAAAGAAUUAUUGAUGGAGUGUGUGACGCCACUACCGUUGACAGAAAAAGAAGAAAAAAUGGAAGAAUCGAAAGGUGUUCCAAUUAUAAAAAUGGGAUUUCCUUCUAAAUUACAACCAACUUUAACAUCAUCAAUUGGUAAUACAGAUUUUACUGUUGAAUUUCCUCAAUUAAAUGCAUCACAUCCAACUCAAGGCUCUGAUGAGUCAAAAGAUGUUGUUGAGGUCAAUUCAAAUCUACCACAAUCAUCUACAUCAAUAAUCGGUUAUCAAUGUCCUCAAUGUAAAAGUAAAGUUUGUAAUUUACCAACAAUUUGCCCUGUUUGUGGACUAAUGUUAAUAUUAUCUACACAUUUGGCCAGAUCGUAUCAUCACUUGGUACCCUUAGCUCCAUAUAAAGAAAUUCCAGUGAGUCCAUCAUAUGAAAGUGAAUAUUGCUUUGGUUGUCAAUUAAAAUUUCCAAAGGGAGUUAAAGAAGGUACAAGUCAAAGUGUUAUAGAAUCAAUGACAAGUUCGAGAUAUCAAUGUAUAAAAUGUAAACAAGAUUUCUGUAUAAAUUGUGACGUCUUUGUUCACGAAACUUUACAUAAUUGCCCUGGCUGUGAAAACAGUUAA